AUGAUGCCCUCGAAGAGUUCGUUUCUCGGCAUGAGAGGCCACGCCCUCAGGGCAGCCCAGAUAAUGUUUGUUGUUGCCCCUAGCUUUACGCUUUUCGGCUAUAACCAAGCAGGCGUCGGACCUCUGGCCACUCUACAGAGUUGGGUUCGGGAGUUUCCCAUGGUCGAUACAGUCAACACAGAAGGGGCACAGGAAUCACUAAACUCGACAAAGAAAGGGGCUGUGAUCGCUUCGUUUCAGAUAGGAGCCCUGAUGGGUGCUUUAUCUUGUUUGUUUCUUGGCGAUUGGCUUGGUAGACGGAAAACAAUCUUCAUCGCGGCCAUCUUGACGGUCAUCGGCGAAGUACUACAAGUCGCAUCAUAUAACAUCAUUCAGUUCGUCGUUGGCCGUGUCGUCCUCGGCAUUGGCGUCGGUGAAAUCAGUGUUGCUGUCCCUGUGUGGCAAGCAGAAUGCUCCUCUGCUGCUCACCGUGGCAGAGAUGUUAUCACAGCAGGUAUUUUCAUGUGUCUUGGGUAUGCCUUGUGCAACUGGAUCGAUUUCGGAUUCAGCUACAUCCCGAAUUCGACACUCGAAUGGAGACUUCCACUCGCAGUAUCUUUAAUCCUCUCACUUAUGGUUGCGACCUCUGUCUUCUUUCUACCGGAGUCUCCCAGGUGGCUAUGCAGGGUUAACCGCGUGAGCAAAGCCACUACCAACCUAGCGGCGUUGAAGGAUUUGCCGGAGGAUGACGAAGCAAUCAAGACCGAGAUUGCGCAGAUCGAGUCCUCACUUGAAGUCGCCUCGCAACGCAACAAUUCACUUAUGGAGAUGUUCUCAAAACACGACGAUGAGCGACUCUUCUACCGUUUCUGUCUCUGUUUCGCCCUGCAGUUCUUCCAGCAGAUGUGCGGUGGGAAUCUGAUAUCUGUCUAUGCCUCCACGAUCUUCCAGGAGAACCUAAAGCUGGGAACCACGCUGUCAAAGAUCCUGGCAGCUUGCGCCUUGACCUGGAAGUUCCUCUGCUGCUUUCUCGCCUUCUACGCGAUUGAUCGUCUCGGUCGCCGAACCGUGUUCAUGAUCAGCGGUGCUGGCAUGUCGCUCUGCAUGGCAUGCCUUGCCGUCUGCACCAGCUUCCCGUCGGAUAACCAUUCCGCCUCAAUUGCGUCUGCAUUCUUCAUCUUCCUCUUCAACGCUUUCUAUCCAUUCGGAUUCCUGGGGGGCAACUUUCUGUACUGUACCGAGGUGGCCCCAGUUCGCCUUCGCGUGGCGAUGAACUCGGUUUCGACGGCAAACCACUGGCUGUGGAAUUUUGUCGUGACUAUGGUCACUCCGGUCGCCAUCUCCACGAUCGGCUUUCGAUAUUACAUCAUGUAUGCAAUAAUUUCGGCUUGCAUCCCCAUCGUGGUGUUCUUCUUCUACCCGGAGACGAUGAACAGGAACCUGGAGCUGCUCAACAAUGUUUUCAAGGAUGCAUCGUCUCCAUGGCAAAUCGUCUCCAUGGCUCGGCAGUUGCCCCAGGGUGAGGUCGUCGAGGGGUGUAGCGACUUGAGCGGAAAGCAGAAUUUUGAGCAGAAGGAACAUGUUGAGAAGGCAUGA